AUGCCUGGAGACUCAAGAGUACUGAUGAAAAUGAAGACCUUUAAUGUGCUGUGGGUCUGGAUCUUUCUGUCAGCAGAAUUUGGGGCAUCAGAUGAAAUUAAGAUAUAUGGAUACAGUGGAAAACACAUCAUCAUUUCUUGUUCUUAUAAUUGGGCUUCAACCAACAUUAAGUAUUUCUGCAGAGAUCCAUGUGGAUACAGAGAUAUUUUAGUUAAAUCUGACCGUAUGAGAUCACCUGAAGGGAGAUACACACUGGAGGAUUUUGGAAAUGGCUCCUUCACUGUGAACAUCACUGACCUACAGGAGUCAGACACUGGGAUUUACUGGUGUGGAGUGCAGAGAGUUGGAAUAGACACAUAUCUGAAAGUCAAUCUCACAGUAUCAGAAGGUAAGAAUGACAGCAUUUCUACAAUGUAUUUCAAUCUUUUCUGUAUGAUAUUUAUUUUUAUUUUCCCACACAUAGAUCCAAAUGAAAGCAUCACCACAUCCGCACAAACGCAGAAAGAAGAAACACAAACACCCUUGGAUUUACACACAACUACACCAGCAGCACAUUCAGAAGCUCCGUCUACCACAGCAAGCACUGAUGCCCUCAAACUCUCGCCCUCAAUAACAGGUGAUGACUUUAUCAACCUUAAAGGGUUAGUUCUGUCUGUACACCCUUCACAAUAUGCUGGUGCUGGUCUGGUCACUGCAGUGAUCCUUUUUGUAGUUGGAGUGGUCACCGUUUAUCAGUACAGAAAGAGAGUCAAGACAUCAGAAAGUUGUGCAUCAGCAACACCUGUCAACAGAAACAAUAAAUGUAGAGAUGAAGAGGGUGCACAGAACAGCACAGAAAUGAAAUCUAAAGACAAGACUGAAGUGACAAAAAUCCAAUCAGAUUCAGUAUCAGAAUUUAAACUUGGGCCAACUGAAUGA